CCGCACGCAACGACCGCCGCCGCUAUAUGAGAAGCCCUCUCCGCCUCUGGGAUCACUCGUCCUCCAGACAGCACCAUGGAGCACACGAGUGUUGGUAACGUGCAGCUGUUGACGUCGGCGAUGGUUGUGCUGGCUGCAGUGCACGCCGCCACUGCCGGCUUUGGCGAUCAAGCUCUGCUGGGUAGCCAGGCCUAUGGCGGUAGCGGCAACUACGGAGGAGACGCUUUCAAGCCCAUCCACCAGCAGGUGGCCGUGCUACACAACUUAGGAGCCGGGCCCAAGGUGCAAGUGGUGCGCGUACCGGUGCCGCAAGAGGUUCCGGUUCCGGUGGCGGAGCUGGUGGGCGUCCCCGUUCCUCAGCCGUACCCGGUCUACGUUCAAGACGUCCAGCGCGUCGAAGUUCCCGUCACGAGAACAAUACACGUCCCAGUUGAAAAGCCGUACGCAGUGGAAGUAGAGAAAAAGGUGCCUUACCCUAUAGAGAAGCCGUACCACGUCGAGGUAGAGAAGCCCAUUGAGGUGCCGGUGCCGAAGCCGUACGCAGUCAAGGUUCCCGUGUACAAACACGUGUACCACAUCAUCAGGCAGAAGAAGACUGACGACUGGCGAUAGGAAAGUGUUCGUAGCGCUGUCAACAGUUACUGUUACUCAGUAUUUAUUUCUGAAGGAUUUCAUCCUUGAUUUGAGUAAUACUUGUUUUGUUAUUGACACUUGUUUUGUUACGUAGUCUUAUUAUUAUUUUGUUGUUUAGUGCAGAUUCAUCGAAGUUACUGUCAUUUGUAUUCUGUUAUGUUAUAUAAUUCGUUAAAUAAAAUGAUUUACAAGA